AUGAGCAAGGAUCCUCAUCUAAACUCUGUCCCCAUCAACACCUCCAUUCACAGCGAGAGGAAUGAGAGUUUCACUCUCGGAAAUCUAUUUCAUGUGGAAUCUCAUCAUCUCGAUUCGAGUAGAAAUGAAAAUAUCGAACUCUUUCAACAUCUCUUUAAAACCAACUCCACACUCAUUGAAAGAAUUAUUUCAACCGGUCAAUUCACACCCUCCGAGGAAUGGUACGAUCAAGAGAAGGAUGAAUUUGUGGUACUUUUACAAGGGGAGUCCACUCUAUUGAUGGAAUGUAAAAAAGAUCAAAAUGUAGUGGAAUUGAAAGAAGUGAAAUUGAAAAAGGGUGAUUAUAUCAAUAUUCCAAAACAUGUGAGACAUCAAGUGAAAUCAACUUCUGUGGAUCCACCUUGCAUUUGGCUUGCCGUUCAUUAUACUUAA